AUGUUCCUAGUGGAGUCUGCAUGCGUCAACCCGGAAGUAAAGGGAUCGGGCGUUACCCCACCCACAACAUUCCUCGCCAUCGUCACGCCGAACUUUCCACAACCGUCUUCGCAUUAUUCAGACAUGGAUUCCACCUCAAAAGCCCCCGUUAAGCUCGCCAAAGUCAUCAAGGUCCUCGGAAGGACUGGCUCUCGUGGAGGUGUGACGCAAGUCCGUGUCGAGUUCAUGGACGAUACCUCGCGAACUAUCAUCCGUAACGUCAAGGGCCCUGUGCGGGAGGAGGACAUCCUCGCCCUUUUGGAGAGUGAACGUGAAGCUCGGUAUGUCUACAUCAGCUAUCUUCAUUGA